AUGGACUCAAUAAUGUGUGUGAUCAAAUAUGGAGGGCAAUGGAAAGAGGAUAAAAAGUAUGAAGACUACAUAAUGACUGGACUACUAAUACCAACAAACUGUGAUCUAAAAAGUUUGUUGGAAUUAGUAAAGGCUGAAAUCAAAUGCAACACAACAAUAGAAAUGCAUUACCAGUUAUGCCCAGACUCACAACCAAUGAAAAUAAUUAGUGACAACUCACUGAUGUUCUACUUACAACUGAGAAAGACACAAAAUGCAGUUAGUGAGUCUCCACUCUGCAUCACAACAGUAGACGACACAAGACUCCAGAUCAUUGCUCAACAAAAACCAGAAAGUGAAUCUGUAAGACAAGAUACAGAUGUUCAGAAACUGGUUUUACAAAUAACCAAUCAGCCAACAUACGACUAUAUGGAAUACGAUGAUGAAACCUCAGAAAUAAACGAGGUACUUGCCUUACCAAACAUAUUUCAAGUAGCUGAUAGUGUUGCUGAUUGCAUCAUUGAGAAAACACAAGAACACAAAAGGAAAAGACAAGAAGAAGAAAGACAAAUAAUAACAGAUCAUAAGGUUUUCAACAUUGAAAAAGGACAGAUCUACAAGGACAGAAAAGUAUUGAAGACUGCAGUGGGUUUUUUUGCUAUGAUCAACAAUUUCCAGAUUAAAACCAAAAGAUCUGAACCAAGAGAGUAUGUGGUGACUUGUGUGGAUGACAACUGUAACUGGUUUCUGAGAGCUUCAAAGUUCAAGAGUACCUCAACAUUCAAAGUAAGAAAAUAUGUCCAAGAUCACAACUGCUCACUGGAUAUUGUAAUGGGUGACCACAAGCAGGCAAACUGCAACAUGAUUGCAGAAAUGAUAAAAAAGAAAUUUCUGUCAAUCAAAAGAAAUCACAGACCAAAUGACAUCAUGAUAGACAUGAUUGAUGAUUUUGGAGUGUCAAUGAGCUACCAAAAAGCAUGGAGAGCAAGAGAGAAAGCUUUGGAGUUGGCAAGAGGAAGGCAAGAUGAAUCUUAUCAACAACUACCAAAAUACCUGCACAUGCUAAAAGUAGAAAAUCCUGGAACAAUUGCACAAUUGGAAACCGAUAAGAAGGAUCGUUUCAAAUAUUUGUAUCUAGCUUUUGCAAACUCCAUAGAAGGUUGGAAACAUUGCAGGCCAGUCAUUGUAACUGACGGAACAUUUUUAAAAACAUCAUUUGGAGGAACCCUAUUCACAGCCUCUACAAUGGAUGCAAACAACAACAUAUUCAUUCUAGCAUUUGGGAUAGGAGACUCAGAAAAUGACUGCUCUUGGGAAUGGUUCUUCACAAAACUAAGGGAAACAUUCGGAGAUAGAGAAGGUUUGACAAUAAUAUCAGACAGGCAUAAGAGUAUAGAGAAGGCGGUGAGCAGUGUCUACCCAAACCACUUCCACGGAGCAUGCAUCUUCCACCUGCUAAACAACAUCAAAACCAACUUUGGAGUACAUGGAGAUGAUCUGACCAUAAACUUUGUAAAGGCAGCAAAGACGUACAAGCUCACCUCAUUCGAGAGAUACAUGGCAGAGAUAGAUAGAAUAGACAAACGAAUAAGACCAUACCUUGAGAGAAUUGGACAUGAGGUUUGGACCAGGAGCCACUGCCCUACAAGAAGAUACACAAUGAUGACUUCAAACAUAGCAGAAUCAAUAAAUUCGGCGAUCCUAGCUGCAAGAUCAUUACCUAUAACAACAAUGAUUGAGUGCUUCAGAAGCCUUGUACAAAAAUGGGUGUGGAAAAAUGGCAAUGAAGCACAUGGAAUAUUUACUGAAGUAGCAUCAGAUGCUGAAAAACUACUGAGAGACAACCUGCUUAAAGCAAUAAAAUACCAGGUCAUCGCAAUCACAACAAUCCAGUACCAAGUAAAGGUGCAAGAAAAAGGUGAUUUCACAAUCAACAUAUUGGAAAGAACAUGCAGCUGCAGAAGGUUCCAACUAGAUGAGAUACCAUGCUCACAUGCAAUAGCUGUAUUUGCAAAAAGAGGAUUAAGAGCUUAUGACUAUGUUGCCGAUUAUUACAAAACAGCAACAAUGAAGGCAACCUAUGAAAGAACUGUACAUCCUCUACCAAAUGAAAGAGAAUGGACUAUACCUGAGAGCAUGGAGAGAAUAGUGUGGCCACCAAAAUCAAGAAAACCAGCCGGGAGACCUAGAAAGAAAAGAAUAAGAUCAAAAGGAGAACCAAAAGUUGUCUUGAAAUGUACAAGGUGCGGAAAAGUUGGCCACAACCGAAGAACGUGCAAUAACCCACAGCUUUACAAACCACCAAAACAGAAUAACAAAAGCAACGAGUCAGAGAAGAAUGAAUGA